AUGGACGACAACUUUCUCCAGGAGGCCUGGUCUACCUGUCUGAAAGGCGUGCCGUCGCAGUCGUUCGAGGUGGUAUCUGCCCCAUUGCAGGCGGUGGAUUACUUUUCCGUGGCGCUGUCGGAAGAGCAAUAUUUCAGGUGCUGGAACACUAUCAGCAAGAGCAAGUUUGUCAAGCCGCGCGAGCUGUCGAGCGUUUAUCGACUGCGAACGCUCAAGUCGCACGGCCAGGUGGAGGACAUCCAGCUGAUCCUGCCGUGCACCUCGUCGCAGCGGCUGCAGAACGCGUGUUGGCGGGCCUGGCAAAAACAGCGAAAUAAGCUUCCGGAGCUCGACCCGGCCGCCAUCAACUGGCACAAGGAGAACGACAUCACCGCGCUAUACGGCCCGCUCAUGGGCGACCCUGAGUACGCCGUGGACGAAGACAGCUCCGACAACGACGACACCGACGACGAUUUCUCCAGCUCCCGGUUUAGCUCCAUGUCGUCGUCUGUUUCGUCGGUCGACUUUGGCAAAAGACCCAAUCUCCAGCCCCGCCACCGCCGCCAGCGCAAACAAAAACAGGUCUCUUUCUCAGAGUCUGUUUCCCGCAGAGACAUAGUCGGAGACACCAUCUUCGACUGUACGUAUUCCAUGGUGUAG